AUGGUGUUGAGCUCGAGCUCGCACACGUGCCAAGGGCCCCGAUCGGCAGCUCUACCGCACGAGGAGCGAGCUGAUCGAGUCCGCGAACAGCAUCGUGCGCCGCCUCGCGUGGACCUCGGCGCGCUGCUGCCCGUCCGUCUGGAACGAGUUGAGAGUUGCAUUGCGUGUGCGGUGCUGAAGCUGCAGCCGGGGGCGCGCAAGGACGUCCGUCUCGAGAUCACGAAGCACGCCAAGCUACUACUGACUCCCCGCGCGCUGCACGACCCCGCGCGGCGGGCCGUGAAGGGGCUGAAGCCUCUCGAGCUGCGCGGGAGCCCCGCGGUCCACCCGCGGGCGCGCUACCGCCUGCUCGACGAGCGCAUCUACGCGCUGUACGACCUGCACGGGCCCGCGCCCGGGAGUCCGACCCGUUCCUGGCGGCCACGAACAGCAUCGUGCGCCGCCUCGCGUGGACCGGGCCGGGGUCAGACGGCGGCGGCGAGGCGGAGCGUCGGGUCCCGUGGAUCAUCGGCCAACGGCGGUCGACCGUGUCGGCAGGUGCGGGGCCGCAGCGAGGGCGACGAAGAAGCCGUCGAGAGGGACGAGGCGCCCGAGGCCGAGGAGCAAGCGCAGGGCGAAGAGGACCGGGAGGAGCUCUUCGCGCUCGGCACAGCGCAGUAG